AUGUCCCCAUACAGUCGGGAUCGGCACCGAAGUUCUGAUGAUGAGAACGAUCUUUCUCUCCUUGAUACUGAAAGUUUCAUGAUGAUGACAACUCCAACAGCCAUCCAGAAGAGGCAAAACUUGCGAGCCGUAAGCGUUCGUGUCUGUUCAUAUCUGUCUAUCUAUUUAUCUAUCUAUAUAUCUUAUCUAUUUCAUUAUGUUCACUAUCUAUCUAUCUAUCUAUCUAUCUUUCUCAUUCUUCUCUUUCUCUAUUUCUGGUCUGUUCAUGUAGUGAGGGCGUUAUUACUUCCCUUAUUUCAUUCUUUCAUCAGUUUCCUUUCGUUUCCCAACUUUUCGUGUCGUUCCUCGUCGUCUUCUUCUGACGCAAUUUCCUGUUGUGCCUCCUUCAUGUCUGUCUCAAUUAGUUCAUAUCUAUCUAUCUAUCUAUCUAUCUAUCUAUCUAUCACAUUCUCUUCAUUAACGAUCUUUCUAUCUUAUUUUUUCAUUAUCUCUCUAUCUGAACCUGUUCGCAUUUAUAUAGGUAUCUACCCAUUUUUCAAUAAGGUCAUAUCUAUCUAUCUAUCUGUCUAUCUAUCUAUCUAUCCAUCUAUCUAUCUAUAUAUCUAUCUAUCUAUCACAUUUUGA